AUGAAUCUUGAUGGAAUUGAAGUUAAACUGGACAGAAUGAUUGAUUAUACUUUGAUAACAACUUUGAGAAAGAUUGAAUUAUUAACAAAAAGACAAGUGUGUAAAUACUGCAAUAUAUAUGUAAUUGAAAAAGAAUACAAAAAAACACAGGACAAUAAAAUGUGA